UAUACGUAGUUUCGUGUUCGGUAUGUUUGAUUUUCUAGCCCUCUGGCGAUGAAUUCGUAAAAUAAAGGGGUUCAUACUUUUGAUACGUAUGUGUUACUAAACUAGUGAUAUAACGAAUAAAUUAUUUUUAUUUUUCAUUACUUAUUGUUUAACAUUUUAAAGCACCGAAAUAGACAAAUAAUAUCCUAUAAGUAAGAAGUGGAACACACGCAUACUUACGUAUUGUUCGUCAGAUUAUAAAGGUAUAGUUUUGUAGAUUUACGAAUACAAUCGCCCGCCAUCCGUGGAGGGAGUUUUAGAACGUUUAGUGAAACUAGUGUGGUGUGUGGAUUGUUCUGAAGACGCGCUCAAAAGAAACGUUAUCGUAUUUAUUAAUGACCCUGUAAUAUUACUAUCAAAUGUGAUUCUUUUUGCAACAUAUGAGAGCGGCGGUAUAACCUUCGUCGACGUAAUACUGUUUUGGGUUGUUUCACAAGGAAAUAAAGAAAACGUACUACGUAUUCAACAAGCUUACGCGUAACCGCCAAAAUCACAGACGGAAACGCCAUCUUAUGCAAAGAUGUUGACAUUUUACUAAAUCGGGAAAGACACUAUAAGAUAUAAUCGUCGUUUUAUUCGGGUCCUACGACUCGAUUUGUGUAUUUACGAAUGUUGAAAAAUGUUAAUAAUACUUACUGAUUGACACGUCAUCCGGUUUUUCAUUAUAAGAAGUGCACGUAACAAAUAUUCAUAAUGUUUUACGCACAUUUCGUGUUGGCCAAAAAGGGGCCACUGGCCCGAAUUUGGUUAGCCGCUCAUUGGGACAAGAAGUUGACAAAAGCUCAUGUAUUUGAAACGAAUAUUGAAAAAUCAGUAGACGGUAUAUUACAGCCAAAGGUAAAAAUGGCUUUAAGAACAUCUGGACAUUUGUUGUUGGGUGUGGUACGCAUAUACUCCCGGAAAGCUAAGUAUCUUUUAGCCGAUUGUAAUGAAGCUUUUGUCAAAAUAAAAAUGGCCUUCAGGCCAGGCAUGGUAGACCUGCCGGAAGAACACAGAGAAGCUGCUGUAACUGCUAUAACAUUACCCGAAGUGUUUCAUGAUUUUGAUACUGCGAUGCCUGAAUUAAAAGAUGUUGAUAUUGAAGCUCAAUUUAGUUUAAAUCAGUCAAGAGCAGAGGAAAUAACUAUGAGAGAAGAUUACGGCAGCUUAGCUUUAGUUACACACGAUCAAGGAUUUGGUGAUAUGAGUUUUGACGCAGAACCACCAGAAUUAUUAAGACACGCUGGUGCUGUAGAACCAUCGUUAGAUCAGACACAUAUGUUAUUCACCGAUGGACCAGGAAUUGAAACAGCUUUAGAUCAAAAGGAAAAAGAACCGGUACCAGGCCCAUCAAUAACAGCGCAAGCCAUGGAUAUAGACAUGCCUAUUAGAGAUGAUGGUUUUGGUGGACAUCUUGGUCAAGAUAUCAUAUCUGGUGGCCUAUUCGAAGGUGGUUUGUUUGAUGAAGCCCCAAUGGGUGAAGUAUCCGUACCUGAAGUUAGUGCUGUAGCAGAACCACAAGAGCCGGCAGUAUCUGGAACUGCACCUUCAGUUCAUGAGGAAUCCGAGGAAGAAAUGGGACCUCCGUCUCCUUUGGGAGGAAUGAGCGAUGACUCCAGACCUGCCUCUCCUGCUACAAUUGCAGAAGAAAUUGAAGGAAGAAUAAGUGUUGCAAGUCGUCGUUUUACUCCUGCUCCGUCAAUCAUUCCUGAAGAACGUCCAAUGGAAGCCAUCGAAGAAGCACCACCUCUACAAGAUCAAACCACAUUAUUACACGAUGAGGAAGAAAGUUUUGCUCUUGCACCAGUUGAUACAUCUGCUUUAAAAGGAUUCACAAAAGCAAAGCGUAAACGCAAGCUUAUUGUUGAUGAAGUCAAAAAUAUUUCUGGUGAAGAAAUGAAAGCACAAUUAUCAGAUACCAGUGAUAUUAUAACCACCCUGGACCUUGCACCUCCAACAAAGAGGUUAAUGCAUUGGAAAGAAACUGGCGGAGUAGAAAAAUUGUUUGCUUUACCUGGAAGACCAAUUCCAGCACGUGUAUUGUUUAAGAAUUAUCAACGACAUCUUACGAGUAAGUCUUACGAUCACGAGGACUUUGGACGUUUAGUAGGCGAAGAGGAAGGCAUGCCUUUGGAACAGAUGAGGGAACCUGUAGAAGCAGAUUCAUUUGAACAAAGUAUUUUAAGUAAACGUUUGUCCCGGAAACGAAAGAUGCCAUUUGAGGACGAGAUAAGGCCACCACCUCCAGCACCGGCACCACCUCCAGUAGAAAUAGCAUCCGAAGCUGUAGAUGUCCCAAGUAUAGCUCCUCUACCUCUAGCUGAAUCACCGAUUCCUCUUCCUGAAGUAUCUUUGCCAACAGAAUCAGUUUCUGAAAUCAGUGGUAUAGUGCCUCCUGUCGAAGAAGCAGAAAUAGUUCCAUCAGUACCUUCUGAAGUACCUUUGAUUUCACCACUCGUAAAUGAAAUACCUCCAACUGAAACCAUUGUUACACCCGAGGAAUCGGUUAUACCACCUACACCAGCAGAACCAGAACUCCCUACUGCGCCACCUUCUGAAAUGCCUCAAAUGGAAAAUAUGGGCUAUGAUCAGGCUCAACCUAUUGUACCAUAUAUGGGAUAUGAUGAACAUCCCCCAGCUCCCACAACACCUGCUAUGUCAGAAAGAGGGCCAGCGACUCCAUGGAAUCACGAGGACUAUGAAUUCCCUCCAUCUGUAGGACCUCAAGAAGAACAGCAAGUAGAUGAAACAUAUGAACAGUUUGAAGAACGAGUUCUUAAUAAGAGAGCAGCACACAUGUAUCAUGUUAUUAAGAACAAACUGGAUACCAAAGAUAGGUUGACGUUAUCAGAAAUGGCAUACAAAAAUAAUCGUAAACAGGUUGCACAAAAAUUCUAUACUUUGUUAGUCCUUAAAAAGUUUCAAGUAACAGAACUGUAUCAAGAAUGCCCGUAUGCUGAAAUUGUAGUCAGUAAAGGACCAAAAUUCGAGAAUCCUGCAUUAUAAGAAUAUUAGGUAUUUCGUACCUUGUAUUUACUACUAACAGUGAUGAGAUAAUGAAGAAAAGGAUUGUAGUUGCUCUGAAUCGUAACAGAAAAUGAAGCGAUUUAUCUAAAUUCUUUUGAUAGAUAAAUUGUAAAAUAAUAUACGAAACCGCUGACAAAAACAUGAAAUAUCUACUAAGGCAAAAGAGUUUUAUAAAUCAAGUUUUUAAUUCCUGAUUGAGGAAUGUAUACGUUUUGUAUAAAUCAGGGCAGAAUUAUUUUGGACCUUCCGCAUUUCUAACGCGCUAAAAGAUUCAAUUAUAUGUAUAAAAAUUUAAUAUUGAAAGAUGCAUAAUUUUUUACUUCUACAUAGGAAAAGGUCGAUUGUCUUCAUUAACUUAAUUAUCAAUCCGAACAGGGUUUGUAUAUAAUAUUGACGUGUAGUGAAAACAUAUUUUAUAUCUUACUAUUUACAAAGAAGGUUCUUGAGUCCGUACUGCAGGAUGGUCCAAAAUCACGAAUAAUCUUUAUGAAAUAAUUUAUGAAAUUUAAUAAAUGAAAAUUUUGUUAAAAUUUCAUAAAAUGA